GGGGUUUGGACUUGACCCUGGCUGCUCCCCCCCAAUGCCCUGCGGUUUGGAGCGAGGCAGUGAACAUGUUUCCGUGGCUGCAGCCCUGUGUGGCAGGAACCCUGGGGCCCCACUGGGUUCCGAUGCAGGGACUUGCCUUUUUUGGGAGUAGCCCCUUCCUGGAUGGGGGCCUUAUCAGCUGCUGAGCAGAGACAAGAGCACAGUGGGAGUGGCAGGGCCGGGUGUGUGCGGGGCUGACUAGCAGCAGGACCAAGCAUGGAGGGGAUGUAUGGCAAUGUUGAUGCUGUUGAGAAGCAGCAGGAGGAGCCACGGGGCUUCGAGCAGAGCGGCAAGUUGGCCUGCAGGGAGUCAUUUGCGGUUGAGGAAAACGAGUACGAGGCCUGUGACCCGCCCAUUUUGCUUGGAAGGAAGCAAACAGAGCAGGGGGCUGCUCCUGCACCAGUGUGGGGGCCAUGGUGGCUCCUGCUGGGCGGUGCACUCCUGGGGCUUUCUCUGCUUCUGAACCUGUUGCUCCUCACGCUUGGAGUCACACGCUACACAGCAAUGAAGGGCACCGUGGAGCAGGCACAGAUGCAGGACCAGCAGCUCCUGGAGACAGCCUCCAGCCCCUUCAUGAUCUACAACAAGAACCACCAGCUGUGUGUGGAGGUGGAGGCUGGGGAGUCCCUGACAGCUGCCACCUGCCACCCACCCAGCCCCACCAAGCUCUUCCGGUGGGUGCUGGGAGGCCGGCUGCUGCACGUGGGCAGUGGGCGCUGUGUGGGUGUGGCACAGAGCGCCAGCCAGCGAGCCGUGCGCCUGGAGCCUUGUGAUGCCCAGCGCCCACAGCAGCACUGGGUGUGUGGGGAGGGCGGACUGCUGGGCCUGGCCGGGGUGACGCCGCCCCUGUACUUCAACUACGGAAACAGCAUCCGCUCUGUGGUGAUGCUCUACACCGGCAACAAGGAGUGGAGCCGCUGGGUGGUCUAUGACAGCCACCGGGACCUCUGUUCUCGUGCUUGUGAUGUGUGCACUCCCUGCCGCCUGGGCUGGGCCUUCUUCCAGGACAGAUGCUAUUUUUACUCCACAUCCCUUAGUGCCUGGGAUAUGGCCAACACUUCCUGCGCUGCUCAGGGUGCCCAACUUCUCACCAUGGACAGCCCCGCGGAGCAGAAAUACAUCAGGGAAACCCUGAAGGCACCAUCUGCUUGGGUGGGCAUCACAAAUCAGGUGCUCAAGGGAGCCUGGAGCUGGGCAAAUGGGACCCUCCUUACCCCUGGCAUCAGCUACUGGCAGGCCAGGGAGCCCAGCAGCAGGGCCGGUGAGCACUGUGCCUUGGUGCUGCCAAACGGGCACUGGAAUGAUCGCCCCUGCGCGGAGCUACACCACUGGGUGUGUGAGGGACCAGUCUGAGCCCUUCCAAGACCUCACUCCCUCAGCACAUGCUACACUGCUCCCCUUGCCAUUGCCACAGCCCCCACUGCAACUUAGGGCGAUGGACUGGGACCAACAUGGAGGCACCUGAAGCCCUGGGGUUGCCCAGCCAGCAGCCAUGCCCAGGCCUGCUGGAUAGAUGGUGCUGCCCUCAGCUCCUCCAGCUUUGAGUGAUGCAGCAUUUGGCAUUAGGCUGAGUGGCACCUGGCAUAGUGACAGGCAGGGGUCUGUGGGGUGGGUGCCAGGUUUGGGUCUCUACUCUGGGGCUUGAGGCUAGGCUCCAGCCCCUGCUUUGGUCCCUCUGGCUGCAGCUGGGGUAAGGCCAGGGCAUCACAGCAGCUGAUCUAACCUGGUUCUGCCCUGCUCUUAUUGGGUGUUUCUGGCAGUCACAAGCCCCCGCCACAGUCUGAUGAGCUCAUAGAGUCCUCCUCUUGCUGCCUACCGCCAGUCCCUUCCCCAGAUGUCCUCAGAUCACUCCCCUAAAAGCAAUGCCAGUGAAACUCCCCAGCUAGCAUAGGCUGGGUCCCUUGGGGAGCCUGCUGCCCACACUCCCAGUCAGGCCCAGACCUGCUCCUGCUUUCACCCUGCAGCAGGAAGAGACCAAGUCUGGAAGCUGGUGAGAGCAGAGGGUGAGUGAGGUCCUUUGGGGUCCAAGCUGCCUACCUGGCAUUGCUGGCUCUGUUCCUUGUCCCCUUUGGCUAUGGUCGCUCUGUGUGGACAGGGACUGUUCUUGUGCUGGGGGAAUAAAUGCUGGCUCCAGG